AUGUCGACUGUAAACAAACGAUAUUCUCACAGCUUUUCCCAGACCACUGACGAACCCACACACCCGCAACAAGAACGCAAUGAUGAUACCGCCUCAUCCGUUCGUGCGGAUCAAACGGUGACCACUUCUGAUGGACUAUUCGACGAACCCCAGUAUCCUCCUGCAGCGCCUGGCGAAUUGUUGCCGCCUCCCGACUUUCGCCCAUUCUUCACGUUGAUCGAAGACCCUGAUACGGGCGAACACCACCAUCCAUCAGUACACUACAUAUUCUCAGAUGACAAUCCCGAUUUCUUGACCUCUACAAUCGUGGAUGCGAUGAGUCAAGAGCAAGCUGGCACAUCUUCGGAGCAGAAGGUCGACAACAACCGCGAACGCAUGAUACUCCUCGACAUAGCACCGGACGGCAAGACAGUCAAUGAAGUUCAGAGCCUGAGCCCACACUGGCAGGUUCUCAGAACGACUGUUGGUCAGGCACCGUCAUGGGCAGACGAGGGUGCAAGAAAAGACAUACCAGGCUUGAUGCUCAACAUCCAAGGUAUGGAGAGUAGCAAGCUGAAGUCACAAUCGCACCGUCGCAACAACUCUCAGGAAGAUAUCAUGGCUCGCGUUGAAGGGAUGAUUACAAGUUACACCAGCUGUCUGUCUACUCUAGAGGGCGUCGUCAAAAGAGACGUUCUGGAGGACGAGCAAGGUGCGCCCCCAGAAACAGCGCAGGAGGUUGCCACACAAGAAAACAACCAGGAACGGCUCACGAUAUAA